ACAAGACAGACGGAGAUCACAUCAGUGCGUCCUGCCAAGAGCUCUGCAAAUACCGGAUUAUCAAACAACAUGUCUACAGACUGGGUUCCUUCCUUGUGGAUGGAAACCUUUGAUGAACUGCUGAACGAUGACGAGCUGGACUAUGGAGACUCAUGGACCCUCAACUUCAACUACGGCCUGACAGACGAGGUCACCGUGGAUGAGAGGAAGAGAGGCUGGAAGGUCUUCAGCCACUGCGCCUUUGGAAAAUUCCAAUGUCCAUCCUGCCAAAACAUCUGGCCUUCAGCACGUAUAGUGGUGCUGUUCCGUUACCGGCUGAGGAGCAACCGGGGGACGGUGCUCAUGAGACCCUUUGGGCAGGCCUGUCGACGCUGCCAUAACGAUGAGUUUGAGCUGCCUGGUUUUUCCGAGGACGCGGUGGAACGGGCUUUGCUCAGGCUGUUUUCCAAAAUCCGGAAGAACUGCUACAACGAGGAGGACGACAGCGACGGGGGCUCAGCAGGCUCUCGCAAAAAGUUCACCAAACCCCAUGAGAAGAGCCUGUGUGAGGGCUGCCAGAUGGGCAUUUGCUGUGAGGACGAGGAUUAGAAAUGCGUGUGUGUGUUUUUGUGUGUGUGCGUUUGUGUUUGUGUCAGAGUGAGAUGCAAAGAUUGACAGACUGAUAGGUUGUGUGCUGCUCAAUUGACUGCGAUCUUCUUUUCCUAGUUUGCACAUGACAUUUUCCUCAGCAUUGUAAAGUUUGCUAUUUAUGUUGUUAUGUUGCUCAAUCAUGUGUUCUAAAUGUAAUUCCCUUUUGGAGCCUUUAAUAAGGUUCUAAACCUUUUGUACAAUAUCUUUUUUUGUAUAUAUAUUUUGUGACUGCAAAUAAGUCUGACCAAGUUAUACCGCUUUAUUGCUGCUCCUACAGUUGAUUCUUCCCGCAACUUUUAUUUAAUCGCUAGAUAAAAAUAAUAGAAAUUUGCAUGUGAAGACUGAAAUAUGGGAGAUAUUGAUUAAAAUGAUCUCUGCCUUGACCACAGACAACACUGAAAUGCUGGUUUUAUCAUCUGUACUAACAGUCCAGUGAUAUAACAGUGGUUUCCUAGCUCGGCAUCAGGCUUGAUCGAGGCAAAUAUUGAUUUGAUGUCGUUUUACUGCACUUUGUAUAAAGCAAUAAAUCAACAAGGUACUUAGAACAAGACAUGCCCAAAUAUUUGAGCAUGUUACAAUUUCAGUUUAGUUUGUCUUUUUCUUUUUUAAGUGCAAUAAAUAGAAGAUAGCAGUGCAUUAACGUUGAAGUAAAGCCUAUUUUUAUAGUCUCUUUGCUGCCUUUGUUGUGUUCAGAUCUUUCCUUUCUUAAAAUAAGCAAUCAACAAAAUAUGAUUUGUGCACAGCUGCCUAAACUGUUGAACACAACUGUUGCCUGUAUUCUGUAUAUGUUUUUACCAGCUAUUUACCGUUGUUGUUGAUGGCAGUCUACUGCUUAUGAAGAACUUUUAAUAAACAAAUAAAUGCAUACAUUUUA